CGUGGUCAAAAUUAGAGUCAGUGAUUGGUAUGGAUGUUAAAUCGCAGCAGAUGUUAUCUUUACAUAGUAAUCCUAUAUCGCAGUCUAAAUCAGAGUUGCAACGGUCACCUACUAAACAGGGCACACAGGAAGAGCAGAUGUUAUUUUUACAUAGUAAUCCUAUAUUGCAGUCUACAUCAGAGUUGCAAGGGCCACCUGCAAAACAGGUCGGCGCACAGGGAGAAAUACAACGUCCUUUACUACAAGUUAAUCCUCUAUCGCAAUCACUAUUAUUAUUACAACGUAGCGGUAGUAUGCAGAUGUUAUCUUCACAUGUAAAUCUUAUAUCACAGUCUACAUCAGAACUGCAAGGUUCACCCGCUAAACAGUCUGGCGCACAGAGAGAAAUACAACUUCCUUUUCUACAAGUUAAUCCUUUAUCGCAAUCACUUUCAAUAUUACAAAUUGAGCCUUCUGGGACAGGAGAAGCAGAAAAAG